CCAAGAAAGUUAAAGACGCUGCAGAUUUUUAGCCUGAAUGAUUGAGUUGUGCGACCAGGCUAAUCAUUUCUACAUUACAUCAUUUCUGAAAGAGUUUUAGGUUGGAUUCAGAUAGAAAGAAAAUCUCGUAAUUGUGUCAGUGUCUGCGGAUUUAAACUAAAGCGUCAUCCUGCUUCAAACCCUGAGACCUGUUAUGAGUUCAGCAGGAAGCAGACAGCACUCCUGCAGAAAGUCUCAGGAUGCUAAUCCUGCUCACUCACAGUUGUGUGAGGAUGUGAAAACAGAAACUUCAGAUGGGGGGAUGGAGGUCUGUGUGAAGAAAGAGGAGACGCUGGACCUGAACAUCUACAACCAUGGAGAUGAUUUCGACAACACACCUGAAGUUAUUGCCAUUAAAGAGGAAGAAGCUGACAAUGAAGACUACCUCUGUAAGACAUCAGGCCUCUGGAACUGUGAAGUUUGCAAAUCUUACUACUUCAACAAGUGUGAGGUUCACGGUCCUGCAGUCUUCAUCACUGAUACCCCUGUUCCCAUGGGGGUUACAGACCGAGCCAAACAAACUCUUCCUCCCGGACUAGAGAUUCGGAAGUCCAGUAUUCCAAAUGCAGGCCUGGGAGUGUUUAAUAAGGGGGAGACUGUUCCAGUUGGUGCACACUUUGGACCCUACCAGGGAGAGCUGGUAGACAGAGAAGAAGCUAUGAACAGUGGAUACUCCUGGGUGAUAGACAGAAGCGAGCAGUGUGAGGAACACAUAGAUGCCAAGAGAGAGCUGAAUGCUAACUGGAUGCGGUAUGUUAAUUGUACUCGUGAUGAAAUAGAGCAGAAUCUCGUGGCCUUUAAGUAUCGAGGGGGGAUUCUGUACCGUUGCUGUCGACCCAUCAAGCCAGGGCAGGAGCUCUUGGUGUGGUAUGGAGAGGAAUAUGCUAAAGAUCUUGGCCAGACGUUUGAUGAUCUCUGGAACAGAAAGUCCUCUGCAAAUGAAAUAAAGAAGGCACCAUUUCAACUUUUCUCCUGCUCAUUGUGUCCACUUUAUUAUACAUCUCAAAUUUACCUCAACAAACACAUCCAGAGCUAUCACUAUGAGGAGUAUAUGAGACAGCAGGAAUCAGGAGAACAUCAGAUGCCCACAAAAAGCUCCAGUAACAGUCAAACAUCUGGUAUUCUUAGUUUUAACACCUCUCAGAAAGAAAUGCAGAAGAAAAUUCACAUUUCCUCAGCUAGUGGAAACAGUUUUACUCAUCAGAGUACUCUCAAAACAUAUCGGUGCAGCCAAAUUGGUGAGAUGCUAUAUCACUGCUUACAGUGUGGAAAGAAUUUCAAUAAAAAGAGUAAUCUCCGAAAACACCAGCGCAUUCACACAGGAGAGAAGCCGUAUCACUGCUCACAAUGCGAAAAGAGUUUUAUUCAAAAAAGUGAUCUCCGGCAACACCAGCGAAUUCACACAGGAGAGAAGCCGUAUCACUGCUCACAGUGUGGAAAAAGUUUUACUCAUCAGAGUCAUCUCCAACUACACCAGCGCAUUCACACAGGAGAGAAACCAUAUCACUGUUCAGAGUGUGGAAAGCGUUUCAAUCAAAAGAGUAAUCUCCAUGUCCACCAACGCAUUCACACAGGAGAGAAGCCAUAUCACUGCUUACAGUGUGGAAAGAGUUUUACUCUACAGAGUCAUCUCCAUGUCCACCAGCGCAUUCACACAGGAGAGAAACCGUAUCACUGCUCACAGUGUGGGAAGAGCUUUACUCAUCAGAGUCAUCUCCAACGACAUCAACGUACUCACACAGGAGAGAAGCCGUAUCACUGCUCACAGUGUGAGAAGAGUUUUAACCAUCAGAGUCAUCUCCAACGACACCAGCGCACUCACACAGGAGAGAAACCGUAUCACUGCUCACACUGUGGGAAGAGUUUCUCUCAACAAAGUACUCUCCAACUACAUCAGCGCAUUCAUACAGGAGAGAAGCCAUAUCACUGCUUACAGUGUGGAAAAAGAUUUACUUAUUCACUUACGUUUAAAUCCCAUAAGUGCACCAACACAGAGGCAUUGAAUUAUUUGUCAAAUUGAAUAUGAUUAUCAUCACUUACUUGGUUUACAAUUGUCUGUGUAAACUGUAUUUUCCAUUUUAUUUAUCUUGACUUUCUGUGGAAGGCAAAGCAUGUCAUUUCAAAGAUUCAUGUUUUUAUUUUCAUGUUUACAUUUAAGUCAUAACAAAAAAUUCAUAAAUUCUGUGAUCAUUUAAGUGCAACAUUAUUUUCACUACAGUACACUCUACACAACGCAGCAUAACAGCAUUCGCACUAGCAAGCAAUAUGUCAGCUGACCAUGAAUUUUCUGUGCAUGCAUGUGCCAUGGAACCAUUGUUUUAACAUCAGUGGUGAGUGAUAAAGUGACAGUACAACUAGCAACAUGUGAAUUGAGAUUUUCUAAACUUGAUGUGAAUUAGGUAUGGCAGUAAAGUGACAAAUUCAAAUGAUUAACUCAAAUGGUUCCUUGGAACAAAUGUAUAGUGUGUAUGGUACAACUUUUUUUUUCUCUCCUCCAUUCUUCACUCACAACUGUUUUCACCUUGUCCUGUCAUAUAUAACUUAAAGCUUGAAAGGAAGUAGCAGAAAUAAUUGGUGACACUGGAGAGUGUCUGUAGCUAGUACAGUUAGUUUGUGCUGCUAAUAGUUGUCUUACUGCAUGACCCACUUUCACUUGAGGUUCAGUUCACGGAUGUAUGUCCCAACAUUUUCCUUUAUAAUUUACUCGUAAAAUUCGACUUUAUUGUUCUAUCAAUGAUGGCAAGCCAUCCUGGCACAGAUGCAGCAAACCAUGAUACUACCCCCACCAUGUUUCACAAAUGGGAUAAGGUUCUUAUGCUAGAAUGCAGUGUUUUCCAUGAAAUGCAUGUCCGGGUAUCUGUAUGUGCCCUUGCUGGCUGUUGAGCCGAGUCCUUCAUGAUGAAGGAUAAGUCUGAUGCUGAACUGAAGUACAUUUUUGCUGGAAUAAUCACACCUCCUAUACAUCAAAUCAGUGGAUGGCUCUUUUCCUUACCAGACUGGCAUGACCUGGAAGAGUCUAACCUUUCCUCCCAAUGACUAUACUUUUGAUACUGUGGCUAACAGCAGGAAAUGGGACAUAUAAAACUCGGAAUAAAAGCGUAUCUUUUAGCACAAAGUAUUAGGUAUAAUUAUAGAAAGAGUCAACAGCAAGCGUCAGCAGAAAUAACUAUUGUGCCAUUUUUAUGUAAUUACUAUGCACUUUGGGUGUUUGCAUCAUUGGAUUUAGCUGAAAUUAUAGAAAUUCAAAAUGGCUAGCAUACUAAUUAGGUGACUUAAUAUGCAAAUUAGGACAUUUGACUAAAAUUUAAAUCUACAACCUUCAAUGUGUUAUUGGACAAAGUUCCAUAGUUUGAAGAUAAUUAAUAAUAAUAAUAAUAAUAAUAAUGUGUUGGAUUUAGCCAAAAUUAUAGAAUUCAAAAUGGCUGUCAUUUUGUGCUAAUUAGGUAACUUAAUAUGCAAAUUUGGUAAUGUCAUUAAAUUGGAAAUUAAUUAAAUUCUACCUUCACUGUGCUAUUGCACAAAAUUCCAUGGUAUGAAGAGAGAUGAUGAUAAAGUUGUGGUUAUUUGCAGAAACCUCUGUAAAUACACAAAAAGGGGUUCCAUUUUGUGAUACAUGCAUGCAUAUAAAUGUACCAAGUCACAUUUCCACAGAAGCCUUCUGAUUGCUUACAUUUAAAUUAUAUCUCUUCAUCCAA